UUGACAGUUAAUUUGGUUUAUCUGUGGAUGGUUGUUUGUUGAUAUUUUGAAUUUUGAUAUUUUUUGAAUAUUCGGCUUGGCAUGACAUGGCGUCACAUGUAAAAUUGUAAACAAAGAAUAAUAUCCGACAACAUGGAGUACGAUAAAUUAAUUAGUACAAUAAAGGAAUAUGGACGUCUGGCUCACCCAAGAGUAGAGUUAUACGAAUUUUGUAGGCAGCAUGUCGAACAGAUACUCAAGUUUGUACCACAAACAGUAUUAUGUCGAGACUUUGGAGACGCAAUAAACUGCAUCCUCAAUGGAUUUCCUGAUAAUUCGGAUGCGAAUUCGAAGAUAAAGUCUCAGAUUGUGGACCUAAUUCUGCAGACUCUGAGAAAAGAGUCCGUAUCUCUGACUCACUGUAGUGAGAUGUGUGGCAGGAUAUGUGUGGAGUUUCCCAAGUUGCCGGUGGAUGACAUAGUACGCUGGGUCAAUGAAAGCAUUGAGUCCAUUAUACAAGACAAUGAUGUUAAUAUUACUUGGAAAUAUGUUAUACCCGAGUGCUUUAAUGCUUUAAGUGAGCAUGAGACAAUCAAGCAUUGCGGCUCAGAUUUAACUGUAGCGGAGUUCAAAGAUCAGUGCGUACAGACGCUGUACCAAUACAAAUGGCUGGAGAAACAACUUGUGCCGAUGGCUGCCAUGUUCAAGUACAUACAGUUGUCGAGAAAUGACCACAAGAAGUUUGUGAACAAGUUUUGUUCGUAUAUCAACGACUUAGCACCAGAUGAUAUACCACCGCUAAUACAUCAGAUGCUCAGAUUAUGUCGGUUAUAUGACUUCGAUAUAGUGCUGGCCCACCUGAACCACUACUUUAGCGUGCGUCUGUACGCCAAGCUGGAGCCGCCGCCACAGGACUCGGAAUCUACCACUAUUGACUUAGAUGAUAUUGCAUCACACAGCGCCGAGGAUAUAAGCCGCUGUCUAUCGACCUGCAUCUUCCACUUCACGCGGGGUGCUGCAGACCCUGAGAUAAUUCGGAAGCACUUGAAGAACUGGCCGAAGACCCAGUUGCUGAGAUCCCCCUUUAUCAUAGAUCUGGCUAUGGCUAUGUCAGAAAAAGGAGGUGAUUUCAAAACUGUGUGCUUAAAUCUGGUAAAGUCAGCAAUAGAACAGCGCAGCAUGGACGAGUUCCGAGCUCGGGAGUCUGCGUGGGUUCGCGCCGUGCUACCACCAGACGUGGACAUAGUUAGUCUACUCAAGGUUCUCACCACGGAGAGUCCGGCACACGAGAAACCGACAUACAUUGGUGCGAUCCAAGGAUGUGUUUAUACACAAAGCCAAAGUCAAUAUGAAUGGUUCAUUAACCACAGGACAAGUAUUAAGAACCACCGUCAGCUGACAGUGGCGGGUCUCAUCAACCUCGCGUUCCUUCUACUGUCGGUGUCGCGAGUGAAGCCGCUGGCCUCGACAUGUUGGUCGCACGGCAAGCUCAUACUGGUGCGCCUGAGCAAGGCGCAGCCUGAGACCGCGCCCUUUAUACUACAGCAGCUCACUGAUAAACUGUGCACCGAGACCGCGUUGAGGCAGUAUGCAGAAUGCCUGUACGUGCUGUGCAAGUUGACGCCCGUGUCAGUGGAACGUUGUCCCCAGCUGAGCAUGAUCCUAGAGAACUGCCAGCCGUCUCCAGCUGGAUACAAGGCUCAUGCAGCAAUACUGGAUGCUGUACAUCCACUCUUCAACUUCAGUACCAGGAUUCGAGAUACUCUCGUCCUGGUGUGUCGAAAAGGACUUUAUUCCAGGGACUCCCAGCACCGUUGCCUGGCGCUGUCCGGGUUCCUGUCGGUCCUGCGCAACGUGCGCGUGAAUGCGCCCAGCAGUAGCUCCCAGACCUGCAGCGACCUGCACAGCGGACACUCCUACCUCACACAGCUCACGGUGGACCUGCAUACUACGCAGAAUGGGGCGGCUGUGACCUCCCGAGUCCGCAACGAGGGGAUGUGUAUGGAAGUAGUAUCGAUACUGCGACGGUGCCUCGUACAAGACGCGCUCGUCAAACAACUGCUGUAUUCACAACUAUACGACUGUGCAAAAGACAAGCCGAUGUUACACGAGACUAUCCUAGAAUUGUUUCACGACCACUUGGUCAAGUACCUGCCUGAGGACGUGACUGCUGGCUCCCUGCUCAUCGACAAAUGUGUGCAGGUCAACGGCGUUAAUGUUGUGUUGACUGAGCCAAUAGGCCAGCUCCUAUUCGCAGUGGCCCAGUUCCUACAGACCACUGAGAUCGAGGACCUGGAGGACAUCCUGUCCAGCCAGGUCGUGGAGACCGGCCAUGCUUACUUGAAAAGCAAGCUCAAUAGGGUCAUGCAGCAACUCUGUGACGCUGACAGCUUCUUCGAUAUUGAUAUGGAAGAGGCCAACCUGUCAGACUUGACACCAGAAUCAAAGGCGAAGAGUUUGAAAGUCCAGCAGACGCUACAUUGCUACGAGGCCCUUAUAGCCCACACCGUCAUGCAGUGGACCCUCACCAGCGAGGACACCGCCACCAAGCUGUACAAGCUGUUUAAAGCAUGCAAUCAACUGUUGGAACAGACUAAGGUCCUUCCGAAAUCAAGUAAGAAAGGCAACAAGUCUCUCAAUGAGACGCGAGAGACGGUGAAGUCUCAAAAGAGUCAAAAGUCUCAGAAGGAGAAGGGGAAAGGUCCUGUGAAGCUGUCUAACCUGGUGAAGGAUAAAGCUGGACCUUUCAAACCACUUCCAUGUCUGUGGAACCCAGGGUUUUGUCAGAAAAUCAUUGAGUUGCUGUAUAGUGACGAAGUAAGCUGGGCGUCUCUAGAACAACGCAACCAGAUCCGCGCCCGUCGGGACUUCCACAUGUGGGCACUGCGCAGUGUCCAGUCCGUGCUGCUCACUGAUAAUAUAGACAAGAAGGAUGUUGCUACUAAUGUCGUCAGAAUUGCCACAUUACUGUACAAUAAGGCAGUUGUCAGAUUCCAAAACAUGUGCGGGUUCGACGACCAGGUCGCGCUAACAUGUCUGGAGGUGUUCAAGACAUGUCUCACCUUGUUGUUCUCUCCUCUCUACAUGCUCAAGAUGGACUGUUUCUUGUCAAUUAUAACGGGUACGAACGAGUCUGCGUCGGAAUGUUUGGCGAGUAUUCUAGACAACGUGCACACAGCGCUGCAACACAUCGAGGCGGACAGCGUGCCGGAUGAAAGGGACCUCGUCGUCAAGAAGCAGCUACAGCUACUCAUACAGAUUGCUGCCAUGUUGCUCGAGACGCCUACUGCUUCCUGUCCGCUGAAGACUAGGGUUCUGGUAAAGCUAGAAGACUACAUCCGCACGAGUACCCAGGACUGCGUGUCCCUGGUCGGGCCGGUGCUGACGGCGGGCUGCAGCGAGCUGCAGGAGGCCGCGCUGCUCGACGAGUUGCUCGUCAAACUCGCCACCGUGCUGGGCAGGAUCGAUGAAGAAGACACAUCAGCAGGCGAAGAGACGGAGAACUUCCACGGGAUAGACUCCCGCACCGGUCACGCAGUCCUGGUGACUAUCUGCGGGCAGCUGGCGGCGCGGGCGCGGGGACUCGAGCAUCUACUGGCGCGGGCAAGGGACCUCGCCGCCGCCGCCGCGCUCGCCGUGCAUAGCGCCGAGCAGAGGAUCAUGCGAGAUUUGACGGAGAUCUACAAGUCGGUAGUGCUGCAGCUGUGCCAGAUGACGUCGUGGACGGCGGGGUGCUGCAAGUUGCGCUGCAGCCUGGGCGCGGCCAGCGAGAGGGUCCUGGCCGCCGCCGUCCGCCUCUACUCCAUGCUGGCCGCGCUCGUCAAGCAGAUAGACCCCGUCAUGGCACAGACUGUACGUUUCGAGCGCCUCCUAAAGCUAUGCGGCAAGAAGCUGUCUUCAGUGACGGACAACCUGAUCACGUACCUGGAAGCGUCACAGAACAAGGAAACCGCCACCAAGCUACUUCGGGAGACCAAGCUCAUACCUCGGCUUGUGCUCGAAGCCGAGCUGUUUAGCAAGCGGCUCAUAUUGCUCUCUACUAAGGCUAAGUUAAACUGGCAACAGUACCUAUCCCUGGGCACUGCCCGCGACUUCAGGAUCAAGGCGCCCGUGUUACAAGAGGUAUUGAACGCGCAGGAACAAGCUGAUGAAACUAGAGACGAAGGUGAGGCGGACAUUAAUGAUGCUGAGACUGAUAUAACAGAGGCUGCCAGUGAUGCGGAGCAAGAAGAAAGAAGUGAUGAAGAAGCUUCUACAAGGAAGCGCAGAAGAGUUUCCUAGAAUAUUCUAUAUUCUGCUAUAAUUAUAAGAUUGAUCAAUAAAUGUUCUUAAGUACAAAUUAAUCAUUAAGGAAUAAUAAUCAUAUAAUUACAUAUUUUUCUAUAAGUAA